GUCGCGUCGUCGAGUGUGCUAAGAUACCGAACACCAACCAGCCGGAUCGUUACCUUCUGCGGUCCUCUCGCUCCAUGAUUUACAAUACUUCGAGUUUACACACCUCUUCGUGGCUUCCUCCUCCUCCUCCAACCGCUGGAUUGAUUCGUCAUUCGUCAAGCCCGUGUGAUGGAGUCGUUCUUUCUCCUUCUAGCACUAUUCCGCCUGUCUUGCUUCGUUUGCUACGCCGAAUCGAAUUUCAGCGUAACCGAUAACGCCCAACAGUUGCCCGUGCUGUUCACCCGCUCCGUUUACAGAGGCUCCAUUCGAGAACACUUUCCUUUCAAGAACGAAACGAUCCGGCAACUGGUGCCGAUCGUGCCGGCCAUCCGCAUCCAGCGCACCGUCCAAUACUCGGACGGCACUCUGGCCAUAACCGAGCCCGACACGCGCUCCUCCAUUUCAACCGUCAGAUACACGAUCCUCAGCGGCAACGAUGACGGUUACUUCACCAUGGACCCGCUCGACGGCGAUGUGUUCCUCGUCCGCCAGAUCGACAGGGAGCAAUUGCCGGGAUCGGCCGUAGGGGACCGAUUCGUCCUCACCAUCCAGGCCGCUUCGUCGCUAGAAAUCUCAUCCGCCACAUCAUCCCGCGCCAGAAUUUUUAUCGACAUCGAAGACAUCAACGAUAAUUUACCCGCCUUCGACACCAAUGACUACACCAUCAGUAUCGUGGAGAACCUGCCCAUCAAUUUCCAUGUUCUCCAACUAUCGGCAACUGAUAAUGACCUGGGAGAAAACUCGAGAUUUACAUAUCGAUUGAACGACACGAGUGGCGCGUUUAUGAUCGAUCCCGUCACCGGCUGGUUGAGUGUGACCAAUUCGACGCCUCUGGAUCGAGAAAGAGUUUCCCGCUUGGCGUUGCAAGUCGAGGCCGUCGAGCAGAAACCGAACCUGUUGACGGACGAUGUGUCCACCGCCCGGAUUGACAUAGAGCUCACCGAUGCAAAUGACAAUAGCCCCAUCUUUCAACCCACUAACCUAUAUUCAUUCGUCGUGGAAGCCACAGCCGGAGCAGGAACUGUGAUCGGCCAAGUCGAAGCCGUAGAUGCCGAUGCCGAAGAUAAUGGACAUGUCAACUAUGUCAUCCAGCAUCAGCAGGAAGGUGUUCGAAGUGGUCAAGCUGGUAAAACCGGUCGCAAUGUCCGACUUGGGCCACUUUUCAAUCACACGGUCAAAAACGGCGAUCCAGAUGUACCGUUCAGCAUUCAUCCUCGUUCUGGCCAUGUGAUUGUGACCGAUACACCUUUGACUAUGAAAUCCUACUCUCUUUUCGUCGAAGCCAGCGACCAACCGGCCAAUCCUAGCGAGCGCAGGCAUUCGCUGGCCGUAGUUCAGAUUUCGGUGUUGUCGCCGGCGACGAUGGUCCCGAAAUUUGCCAACACCCCUUACGAGUUUUGGAUCGGAGCCGAAGCGCCUGUUGACACGAGCGUGGGCCAGGUGAAAACGGAAGGUUUUCGGGAGCAUGACGACGUUCGUUACACAGUGAAGCACAAAUUCCGCAAUCCAGUUCCAUUCACCGUGGAUUCCAGAAGCGGAAUAAUCCGCGUGACGGAUGACUUGAAAGCGCCAGCAACCUUCACAUUGAAUGUCACGGCCAGUGACAACAUCCGAGACCCAGUCACGACAACUUUGACGAUUCGCGUCGUCGACCAGGCCCUUGGUGGAUCCCUCAAAUCGCAAGCGUUACACGAGCAGGGAUUUUAUCACUUUAGUGUCGUUGAAAAUGUUCCGGCCGGUUCGUUCGGCCAAAUCGUUUACCAGACCAACGGAGACGUAUUGAGCGAGUCGGACCCUGCUGAAUCAUUUGAAUUCCUUCCUGUGGACCAGAAAGCUCCCGGUUGGGGGUAUUUCAAGUUGGCCCGUAACGGCACGCUCUACACACGCCGGUCACUGGAUCGUGAACUGAUGACGUCAAAUCUGACACUGUUCGUGACUGUUGUUGAAAAGGAACAAAAUCGCGAUACGCUGCAAGUAACCGUUACGGUUGUUGAUACAAAUGAUAAUCCACCAGUUUUCAGCAAGCAGCGCUAUCUCGGCCGGGUGGCCGAGAAUGCUCCGGCUGGAACUCGAGUUCAAUUGCGUCAACCCAUUAAGGCCGAGGAUGCCGAUUCGUGGCCACAUAAUGUGAUUCAUUACUCUCUCACGGGCAACGGAAGUCGUCUUUUCCGAAUCGACCCGAUAGGUGGCGAGCUGUCUGUGGUCCGCUCCAAGUCGCUGGAUCGAGAGCGGACAGCUUUUUACAAUUUAACUGUAACGGCCACUGAUGGAGCCCUCAAUGCUCACGCCCAGUUAACCAUUCUAAUCGAAGACGAAAACGAUAAUGCACCGCACAUUUCGGGUUUCUUCCCUACCGUGGGUGUCGUGGCGCUGGAACGCUCGGCAAACCGACAGGAAUUUCGUGACGAAGGAGUCAUCAUCGUUUGCGCCGACGGAUCGUGUUCUACACCCAUCGACGUGGAACAAAGGGAGCCAGAAGAGUUACCACCCGGUCGUUUAAUGGCCACAUACAGUCGAUUCCGCAAUCACCUGCUGAGAGUAUUGGAUGACUGGAUCGACCAGGCCGAACGGGCAAUCGAUCAGACACCUCCGGAUGAAGAAGAAAUUCUAGAACGAGCUUUCCAAGAGAUUUUGUACAAUUCUUCCAUUCUUAUUCAGGUUCCGGAUAAUGUUAUGGUGAAUUCGAGUCUUGGAGUAUUUAGUGUCGAAGACAAGGAUGAAACCAGCCCAGUGAAAACCGACCAACUUUCUUUUUCUAUUGUACCUGGGACUUUGCACGAAGAUCUUUUUGGUGUUGUUCCAGAAAGCGGAUCUCUAUACAUGAAGAAGCCUUUGCAAUUGGAAACAGUCUACUUGAUUGACGUGCAAGUCCGUGACCAACAUGGACUUCAAUCGACAGCCAACGUCGCUAUCCAGUUGACCGAAGUAAACCUACACCGCCCAUUGUUCAACAGCUCUUACUACGAGCUUCUCCUUCCUGAGGGUGAUUACAACGAAUCCUCUUUCAUUACCAUCGAAGCCUUUGACGACGAUACAGGUGACAAUGGCCGCCUCGUUUAUUCAAUAAUCGAUUCGUCUCCAUCGCCUUUCUGGAUUAAUCAAAAGACGGGACUGUUGGUAGUCAACGGCUCGAUCGAUCGCGAACAGACGGAAUUUUUCCGGUUAACGGUCCAAGCUGCCGACGAAGGAUUCCCUCCGCUCAAAUCCCGGGCUGAUGUCGUGAUCUUCAUUACCGACAUUAAUGACAACGCGCCACAAUUUGACCUGCCGUCAGGUGGAGUUAACGAAAAUGGUCUCCAACCUUUGUACUCCGUAUCCCUGACGGACGGGACACCUCCGGGAACCGCGGUUAUCAGAGUACGAGCUACCGAUGCCGAUGCAGAUUUACAGACUAAUGGAAAUGUCACUUACCGUCUCGGUAGCCAUCAGAAUCAAUUUACUAUUGAUAAACUGACAGGCUCCAUUUCAACACUGGUGACAAUGGACCGCGCUCGAAGUGAAAGCGAAUACAAUCUGUUGGUGGUGGCCACAGACGAUGGAACGCCUAGACAGAGCACGGUGAGCGUCGUGCGGAUCACCAUCACGGAAGCCUGCCAUCCUGAUCCGGCUGCGCGGCGCCAGCAAUCGAUCACGCUGGAUGAAAAUGUUCCUACUCCGAUCGCUCUCCUUAAUUUGACCAAUUUUGAUGACAGUCGAUCAGAAGAACUGGUUCAUCUUUCUCUAACACGAAUCGAACCUAACUGGCCGGACGCCCAGUCACGGUUUAAGCUGGACCACGUCGAGCCGGUUCUUUGGCUGACGGAGGCCUUGGAUCGUGAGCUUCGAGACUCUUAUUCCGUUCACUUGAGAGUUCAACAUUCCGGACGCCGAAAUAACAGUACCAGAAAUUCGAAAUGUGCUGGAUUCGAAGAAGAGGAACUGGUUUUAAACAUCCGAGUCGCAGAUAUCAAUGAUAACCCUCCCAUCUUUGCUGACCAAAAUCCUCUGAUUGUAGUCGUCCCUUCCAGCACUCCGAUCGGAUUUCCAGUCAUCACCAUAGCUGUUGUGGAUGCUGACGAGGGAAACAAUGCGGCCAUCAAAUAUACGAUGACACCUGAUGCAGCAGUAUCAGAUGAUUAUUACAAUCAACUCGAUUGGACCUCCGCUUUCGUCAUGGAUCCCAACAGCGGAGUGGUUUCGGUGGCGUCGUCUGUUGAUAGGCUAGUCGGUCGCAUUCUAUCGUUUCAAGUGAACGCGACUGACCGAAACGGAGGAGGCCUAUCAGUUUCUUCGGCACUUGAGCUCUCUUUGCACAUUUUGGAUCGCUCGCAUGAAGUGGUUCUAGUCUUGGCCACCACGACGGAAGAUCUGAUCAACCAAUCGGAACACAUCAGCGGUGUGGUCAGCGAUGUUAGUGGUCAUCAGGUGUGGAUUAGAAGUUUGGACCCGCACAUCGACGGCGACACGGCCGAUGGAUCAAUGACGGACGUGGUCCUCUACGCCCGAAACCGCACCGGUGAAUCGAUCGUCCCAUCCGAGGACUUGUUCAGGAUAUUGAAUGUGAAACGGAACCAGCUGGAUCAGAAGCUAUCCAGUUAUCAUUUUAGAGAGAUCCGCCAAACAAAUCGAAACACGAAAUCGCUCCCGUCUUUACCAGAUAUCAAAAUUGACGUUUUGGAGGUGACCCUCAUAGCCAUGGGAGCGGCCGUUUUGCUGGGCGCCAUCGUGGCCGUUGUUUGUAUCUGCCUGUCACGACUUAAACACAAGAAGCGAACCAAGCCGGGAGUACCGCCCAGCACAAUGGCAAGGUCCAUGGCCAUGGAUUACCACCUGCAGUCCGUUAGGAACAUGACGUCAAUGUCUUCCUCCUACAACGAUUCCUCCCAAGCGGAAUUGAUGAGUAGAGACUCCUCUGCCAGCAGUGAGAAUUAUUUUGAAGUUCCGGUGGACAAGGGACAUCCGCUUUACGUCUCAGCACUUCCACCUUCUCAUCAGAAGCAGCGUUACAAGAAAGCCGCCUCAACCCCGAGCUGUCCGUCUUGUAAGCGGGUUAAAGCCCAUAGGUGCAAGUGUUCGGGGAAACGCCAAAUGACAGUGCCCAGAAGUCUUCCAGGAUCGGAUAGCUGGUUGUUAAAACGCAAAAGCGACGAUCCAUUCUGUCGUCUGCAUUCUUUACCUCCUUCAUCCCGCACUCGGAACACGCUCUCCUCUCGGUCGGCGAUGAACGAACCGGAACUGACUUCCAGUAACACGAAACUAGUACGUCUCCACCUCGCACCACGGCGGACGAGAUCGAUGCGGGCAGAUCAAUCCACCAGCGCAUCCUCGGCCCAUUGUCGAGAGGACAACAGCGGACAGCCGAUUUAUUCGCGACACUCGAAUAAACUGCACCGACCCAAGAGCCACCGCUGCCAUCAGCACCGCCAACGACGUCCGUCUUCAUCUUCGUCGCCUUCAUCGCCUUCCAUAGUUCAAAUUCACCAACGUCGUCAGAUAUUCAGUCAACCGAUAGGAGGUGGAGGUCAUAGAUAUCCGAAAUCAACCAGCACCACGGACACGUUUGAUGAUUCGCUCGAGUCGUCCUCUCGACAGCAGCGAAGGAAGUGGUGAAAAGGACCAGCCAAUCAGCUAGAGGACCGUUCUUCAGCUACUGUCUUUGAUGAUGCAACUGAAAACGAAAACAGCACUCUCUCACACACACAGAGGCAAACGACAAAAGAGGCGAAAAAUAGAAAUGAAUAAAUAACAGGGAACACGGGCAAAUAUUUACUGAUCGAUAUUUAUUUUUAUUGACAAUCAAUGGUUUAUUUUUCUAUCGUUCUCAGCUCUUUUUUUGUGGUUUUCUGGUACAUAAUUAAAAUAAUGGAACGAGUUGAUAGAUAUACAUUUGUAAAUUAUGCUGUAUCGAUUCGAAAAUAAAGACACGGCACACGAAAAA